AUGCCCGGCGGUUUGCUGCAUCUGGACAACAGCGAGCACAUCCUGUCCAUCGGCUACGUCCACAGGCACAGGCCUUUUGAAGAGGAAUACGACUUGGGUGAGGCCAUCGGCACCGGUGGUUUUGCAGUGGUGCGCAAGGCUGUGCACAGGGCCACCGGUGUGACCUACGCGGUUAAGACGCUCAGGAAGCCUCGCAAGCUGGUGGCCAUGUCCCUGGAGGAAGUCAUGAACGAGCUCAUUAUGAUGCAACAGCUCUCGGAGCACCCAUCCAUCAUCACCAUCAAAGAGUUCUUCACCGAGGGGGGCGCGGAUUACGACCACAUCGCCACCAAACCCACCACCGGUCUCGACGAGGAGGAGGAUGGUAUCGUCCAUGUGGUGAUGGAACUUCUCGAGGGUCAGGAGCUUGUGGACGCGAUCACUGACGUGGGCGCCUACGACGAGGGGCAAUCGCAGAUCGUCAUGUCAAGCAUGCUCGAUGCCAUCGCUUUCAUGCACGCGAGGGGUGUCGUGCACAGGGAUUUGAAGCUCGAGAACCUGUGCCUGGCCAAACCAAACGACCUCAACUCGGUGACGCUCCUCGAUUUUGGCCUUGCUAAGGCGCUCACCGCGCGUGAAAAAGAGGAGAACGUCUGCGGCACGCUCGCAUACGUCGCACCCGAGGCAUUAGUCGCGGGCGUAUACGGUCAGGGUGUGGACGUGUGGGCGCUGGGCGUCGCGAUGCACGUGCUCUUGACCGGCGCGUGGCCGUUUGACGACGACGACGAGGAUGAGCUCAUCGACCAAAUUGUGGAGUGCGACCUCGACUUUGAUGAAGGCGAAGAAUGGCAGGCUAUUUCUCCACAGGCGAAGGACCUGCUCGGGGGUUUAUUGGAGCCGAACCCAAAGCGAAGGCUCGGUGCCGCGCAGGCGCUCGAACAUGCUUGGUUCACCGGUCAGAAGAAUAACACGUCCGAGCGUUUGCACCACGUACACGCGAGGCUUGA